UCUCUGUCUCUCUCUGUCUCUCUGUCUCUCUGUCUCUCUGUCUCUGUCUCUCUCUCUCUGUACAGGGGGUGUGGUCUGCAUGUCAAUCAUGAACCACACUACAGCAGCUGCUCAGGAGUUCAGGAAGGACCAGGAGCGAGAGCUUCAGCUGAUGGAGGAGGCGGAGCUUUGGAGACGAGUGGGAAUGAGGUAAGGUGGACAGAUAUAUCAGAAUGAUACCCUGAGGGCGGGGCUGAGAUGGACACGCCGCACAUUGGUGGGUGUGUGUGUGUGAGAAGUGUCGCAGUGAUAUUCAUGAGAAUCAAUGAAAAAACGUUCAGUGACAGAAAUAUGUCAUUAUGACUCAGUGAUUGAGACCAGGGGAGGAGCCGUAACCUGACUUACAAUAGUGGGCGGGGCAAGGUACCACAGGUUUAAAAAAGAUAAAACACAGGGUUUCAUGACACCAACCAAUCCAGACAUGUGACACUUUGGCUCCUCCCAGCACAGCAGGCGGAGCCAAAAGAAAGAUGUCAUCCUGUUUGUUGGAAGUUCAAGCCAAUCACAGUCUCAUUUAUGGCUCCACCCACUGGCAACAAGAAGUUAAAAAACAAGAAAAAAUGUUCAGCACCACCCAGUGGAUACAUGAGGAAAUUGCAGCACACCUCGAGUCACACACUCGCACACACACACACACACACACACACACACACACUGAUGUUUGUCAGAACAGGAUGCGACAAUCAUUUUUAGGGAAGUAAGAGAGAGAGAGAGAGAGAGAGGAAGUGUGUCCACAGGAAGUGUCCAGUGUGGUUUCACCGUCAGUCUCUCCAAGGGUCUCUUCUCUCAACAGCAGCAGCGAUGGAAGUUUGGAGCUUCAUGAUUCUUCUGACAGGUCAUGUUGCUGCUCAGACGGUGAACCUUCCACGUCCUGUUUGUGCUGUGAAGGGUUCGAGUGUCACGCUCCCCUGUUCCUUCAAACCAGCGUUAAAAGACAGACAAGAGCUCCAGAUCGUCAGAGUCGUGUGGUGUAAGAACCAUCUGAUCUGUCAGCGUCAAACUCCGACUGUGUACGACAGUGAGUCAAAGACAAACGACCCUCGCUUCCUGUACCUGGGAGACAAGAGGACAAACUGUACUCUACAGAUCAGAGAUGUCCGUGAGGUAGACAACGCCACGUUUCGCUUCAGGAUGGAAGCGGUUGAUAUGUCUGGACAUUUUACCAACCAAACCGGAGUGACAGUCUCAGUCGUUGACGAGACUGAGCUGAGGAUCGAGAGCUCCAGUGAUGACGGCGUGAGGUCAGAAGGUCAGAACAUCACACUGCUCUGCACGUCACACUGCUCCACCCACCAACUCAACAUCACCUGGUUCAGAGAUGGCCACGCCCUCUCAGAGACUGGCCCCGCUCUCCAGCUCAGCACUCUGACAGCAGGGGAUUCUGGGAACUAUACCUGUGGGUUGAAGACGUCCCACUCUCCGCCGUACUCUCUGCACGUGAUAGCUACAGGACAAAGUGUUGGACUUCCUCUGAUCAUUGGUGUGGUCCUCGGUGUCCUGUUGGUUCUGUGCGCUCUCAUACUCGCAAUCUUCAUCAUCAAAAGGAAACUUUCAGCAGCAGCAGCAGAUAAAAAUCAGGCAGCUGGAGUGAUGGAUGAUGUGCCACAGAGGGAUGAAGACUUCCUGUCACCUGCUGAGGUCGAGGUCAGCUACUCCAUCAUCAAAUUCAAGCACAACAAACAGGCCAGACCAGAGCCAGAGGGGGGGGACACCAUAAUCUACUCCAGUGUAGCCAACCAAGAAUGAAGCUCAAAUCCAUCACACCUACCAGACCUGCAGAGUGGUGAUCAUGUCACAGGAGUUUGUCGUGUCCCACUGAACUCCUGACCCAUUGUAGACCCCUUGGAGACUCCUUGACCCACUGAACCCCUGUCCCACUGAAUCCUUGACCCACUGAACCCUUGACCCACUGAACCCUUGACCCACUGAACCCCUGACCCACUGAACCCUUGACCCACUGAAUCUCUGAUUCACUGAACCCUUGACCCACUGAACCCCUGUCCCACUGAACCCCUGUCCCCUGAAUCCUUGAUCCACUGAACCCCUGUCCCACUGAACCCUUGACCCACUGAAUCUUUGAUUCACUGAACCCUUGACCCACUGAACCCCUGUCCCACUGAACCCCUGUCCCCUGAAUCCUUGACCCACUGAACCCCUGUCCCACUGAACCCUUGACCCACUGAACCCCUGACCCACUGAACCCCUGACUCACUGAACCCCUGAUCCACUGACCCCUUGACUCACUGAACCCCUGUCCCACUGAACCCUUGACCCACUGAACCCCUGACCCACUGACCCCUUGACUCACUGAACCCCUGACCCACUGACCCACUUGAUGAACUCAAACACCAUUGAUUGUAAAUGUUGUUUCUUGUAAAUAAAAACAAUGUUUUCGUCUUUAAAGGAGACAUAUUAUACCCUAUUUCCCCAAGUUAAAAUAGUUCCCUGGUGUCCUAAUGAACAUGUCUGUGACAUGCUUUGGUCAAAAUACCAUAAGGAUGAAGCACCAUAGCAGUUCAAUAACCCUGCUAAACCCGCCCCUUUCAGAACGCUCGGUUUUGUGCGUGGCCCCUUUAUAUGAAAAUGAGACACAGGCAAACACAAACCCACUUCUUCCAGGGGGUUUCUGAUUUGUCCUUGUUACUGCGCUCACUCGCUCAGCUCCUGUUCCCUCCGCUCCAUUCCUCUCCUCCUCCUUCCACUCGUUCUCUGACAAUAUCAACAUGGCAGCGAGAGUGUCGUCACAGGAAGAGACGUCCGACACAAGGAUCAAGCCGAACACUGACCAACUGUAAAUCAGUUAAAAACACUUAGGGAUAGCACCGCUAAUCGCCACCGCUGAUCGCUGCAUAAACUGCCGCAGUAUGUGACUGUAUCAGACUGAGUCUGUGCUCCGAAAUAUGUUUGCUGACUUUAUCCGGCACAUUAGCUUCAUAUAUAAAAUCCUCUGAGGCUGGAAGUUUGUGUAAAACACUGUGCUCCACUGUGCAGCCACCAACAGCACACUUGUCCCUCCGCGUUGACAUAAUACCGCUCUUCCUCCCUCGUCUGCACUCUCUCAUUUUAUAGGGACAAGGUGGAGCUAAGGUGGAGCUCUCAAGGUAAACUUACUGGUGGGCGGUAACAUUCACGCUGAAAUGCGCAUGCUGCCGUCAUAAGUGCAGGGAAUUCAACAUCGCGUGUUUUAUCGCCUAUACUUACACUAAAGGGGACCAUGAAAACAUGACUGAGUAUUCUUUUUCCACACUUUUGCGACUGGUAGGGCCUCCAGAGUCCCAAAUAUAAGUAUUAAAAUGAUUAAAAAGUUGAUUUUGCAUAAUAUGUCCCCUUUAAUAUUAUCAUUCUCUGAUCAUUAGUGACUGAGUAAACCGUAUGUAAGACAGUCUGAGUGUUCUGUGUUCCUCUCUAAUGUUUCUUACUAUAAAUGUGUGAAAAUGGAGUGAUUCUUAUCACUGACUUCCUGUUUAACUUAAGGGACGAAUGUCCUCACACGAGGUUUAGUUUGUUAUGCCUGUUCAUAAAUCACUGAAGAUUUGAUCACAUGUUAAUAAUAAAAUAAUAUAAAUAUCACAGUCACAUCUAACAGUAAAACAAUAAAAACUGUAUUAAGUA